GAACGAGCCAGCUAUUAUGAGAUAGAUCGAAAGGCUCUCUUAAGUGAGGCGACCAUCGAGUCUCUAUGGUCAAGAAAAUAUAGGUGGUUACUCUAAUAGUCGGGACUAAUCCUUCGUUGUACACAGUGCACCCUCUCGGAGUUCGCGGCCGUUGGUCGACGGUUUACCCACUGGAAUGAACAGCCGCCAGCCCUCUCAAGUAUUUCAAGUCUCAGUGACUUGUAACAACUUUUGUUACUUUGCUGCAGCUCGUUUCUUUGCCUUCUACCAAGCUGUAUGCACACACCCACACACCUAUCCCAACCACAUCAGCCGCCGAUCUCCAGUUCGUUAUCUUCACCUUCUUUGUGUUUACGUUCCCCAACUGACGAAGUUAUGUGUGGGAUGACUCUGUUCUGUCAAAGUGGCAAACGGAACUCAAGAUACAAGCCGCCGAGGCAUCACCUGCACCUGGUAUGGACUUGCGAGAAUUGUUCAAGGCAGCUAGCAGCGUGGCUUGUUCCAGCAACCAGAGUGGCGGAUUUUGAAGAGCACAAAGUCCAGUCCAGGCCUAUCACACCACGCUAUCGCGGACGGAUGAUCUCGAGCCGUCCACGCCCAUGCAUAUCAGUCCAGGUUCAGCUUUUCGCGGAUGAAUCCGUUUGUCCGUCGUUCGGCGGCCGUGUGAGAUGUCCCGCUUUCUCCUUAGUAAUUUGUGCCAUGUGCACAUUGUACAGACGAGAAGGAUUCACUGAGGUCAAUGCUCUAAUAUUGGUAGAUUGAGCUGUGUGAAAAUACCCGAGUUACCCGACGUCCGGCUGUCUCGUCUCGAUUCAGUAUUGUCGGCAUGCGGCACAGCGGCUUGUGGGUGGUCGAAAGGAGCUAUCUCAGCUAACUCCGAGUACCUACCUACGAUUGGAAGAGGGUGAUUGCACAGAUGGAUGGGGAGCGGUACGGGCUCCAUGAUCAGCAGUUCAGAAAGUGGUUCAGGCGCCUAAUGAUUUCGGAAUUAGGCUCG